AAACUUGUCCCUUACACACGACACGAGAAAUAGCACUUUGCACUCCCUCGUCUCCUCCUCCUCCGCUGUAAAUACUUUCCUUUCCUUCCAAGUAUUCCCUCAAUCCAAACACAAUAUCCAAAUCCACUCAAAGUUCAGUUUUUUUUUUUUUUGGUUUUUAAUUUACUUGAAGCCAUGACUUCGCCUUCCCCAAAGAAGGAAAGCCCAGCAGCUGAAGCAGUGGUAGUCCAACCAUCGUCUCCACGAUUCCCUGUUAGUACCCGGACAUCUGGUGCCCAGCGGAGAAUCGGCAUCGCCGUCGAUCUCAGCGAUGAGAGCGCUUACGCCGUCAAAUGGGCCGUCCAAAACUACCUCCGCCAGGGCGAUGCCGUUAUCCUCGUUCACGUCCGAUCUACUAGUGUCCUCUACGGUGCGGACUGGGGCGCAAUUGACCUUUCCGUAACCGACCAUGAUUUCGAGAACCAAAAGGAACAGUCCCAGAAAAAGCUCGAGGAAGAUUUCGACCUUUUCACCUCCACUAAGGCCAACGACCUGGCCCAACCGCUCGUUGAGGCGCAGAUUCCAUUCAAGAUUCAUAUAGUGAAGGACCAUGACAUGAAGGAGAGACUUUGCUUGGAGGUGGAAAGAUUGGGGCUUUGCGCGGUGAUUAUGGGUAGCAGAGGAUUUGGGGCUUCGAGAAAGAACACCAAAGGGAGGCUAGGUAGCGUGAGUGAUUACUGCGUGCAUCACUGUGUUUGUCCUGUGAUUGUUGUGAGGUUCCCUGAUGAGAAGGACGGUGCUGCUGAGGGGCCUGGUGGCUGUGUCAAGAAAGAAGAAAAUGUUGGAAAAGUGCUGCCCCCUGUGGUGGACGAGGCGGAGCAGGAGUAUCAUGAUGCUUCUGAUAAACAAGCAGGUUUGAGUUUAGUAUCCCUUUAAGAUAUGGAGAAGGCUUCUUGAAUGGAUAAUGGAGAUGCUGAGGUGCCAAAAGGUUGAAAUGUUCUGGCUGGUUGUACAUUGUGUUGCAAAAAAUUUUUUUAGUUCUGAUCCUUGUUUUCUUCACAUUUGUACUGCCUCUUUUAUAUAUAUAUAUAUAUAUAUAUAACUGUAAGCAGGGUAAAUGCCACUGAUAUUCCUGUAAACUAAGAAUUUCUAAACUUGCUUGCUAGAAAGAUGUACAAUUAUACAUUCCUUGAACUUUCAACUAUCACUGUGAAAUAUGAUUUGGCUCACAGCUGCCGGAACAUCAUAUUACA